AUGUUCGCCUUGGAACGUGGUCCGUCUGACAGCGAGGAUAUCAGAUACAUGAUGACUGACGGCCGCGCGGAGGGUAGUCUGAUAGAGGAGGCCCUUAGUGAUGGGAAAGCCUUUUGGGCAAUUUUCAGGAAGGUUACCGCCAUUGGCCAGAGAGUUGAUGAUUCGAUGUUACGAACUGGGUCGCCUUUCUUGGGCCAGGUGUGCAGUCCUGUCGCUGCCGUUGCAGGCACCGCACUCGGCGUCCUGAGUAAAUUGGGUGCAGACGGUUCGAUCGACAUUGACUCUGUGCAUGUCAAUUACAGACAGUGUGCUGCACGUGCGAUCGUAGCAGAAGCUGCUAUGCAGACUCUCAUACAGAUGGAUCCUCACCAGGCGAACGGACUCAAAAUAUUCGACAAGAUAGAGGACCAAUUCCCCGAGACGAAGGAUGUUGUUCCCAGAGUUGCAAAAUUUAUCACGCCUGGGAUUAUUGAGUCUGCACUUCGUAUCUCGGUCAAUGCGCAAGCUGGCUACGAAAAUACAUCCAGACUCUACCCCACGCUCCCUUCCAUCAACGGUUCUCUGAGCGUCGCUGAUAAAAGAUUUGCUGAUGCCUUCACCCGGUACACAAAUCAAGGCGAUGGCAAUGUAAUGUCUGAGUUUCUCUCAAGCAUCGUUAACACUGGUUUAUCUGCUGGUUCUCCCCAGAUGGAUGACAUCACCCGAGUGAUGGGCGAGUCUGAAUUCAGCGUGACCGACAUGUCGACUCAUGUUGAGAUUCUGUGUCAUAGAGCUUUGAUUGGCGACACUGCUUUGAAAUCUCUCAUCGCCAUACCCCUCGAUCAAAUGAUGCAGAAUGGUCUGUUUGAUCACUUUGUUGGUACGGUUGGGAAUAUUGGGAGAACUGUCAUUGCAGUCGCUCCUGUUGUCGUUCAAAAUAUUUUGAACGAUCUCAAGCAGGGCCGGUAA